AUGUAUAUCAUUGUUUUAUAUGUCAUAAAUACAUGUUUAUCAAUUUUGAAAGUUUCAAAAAUGAUAUUACCGAUAUUAACAUUUCAUGAAAAUAAAGGGAGGUAAUUAGAAAUUUAUUUUCUAUAAUAUCUCAGUCAAUUUUUUCAAUAAGAAAUAAAUGUACAUAUUUUAGUGAUUAAAUAUAAUAUGCACAAAUAUUUGCAGUACAUAUUUUACAUAUUCUUCGAUGUUAAAAAAUUGUUUUAUAUGCAUAAUUAUACGCGUAUAUAAAGUUUCACUUAAACGCGAAAUUACUGUACUCCAGCUAAAGCUGCAUAUUGUCCCAAAAGGGAGGAUGGGACUCUCAUUUAGUAUAGUUUACAUGUGAUAAUAUCUUCAAAGAUAUCUCUGUUUUCAUAACAGAAUAGAACAUAUUUUAUUACUCGAUAUAUAAUGAUUCUUCAUCUUCUAUAGUAAGAUAUAAAAUUAAUUUAUACAUCAUAUUUUUUCUUACACAAUAUUAGCAAGAAAUGUACAUGAAAAUAUAUUAAUAAAUAAACAAAUAUUUAGAGAAAGCUUAUAAAAAGCUGAUAAAUAGAUAUCAAAAAUAAUUUGUUUUUACUCAUGUUUGCAGCUCAAAAACAUUUAGAUGCCAUUGCUAGAUCUACUAUGCAACCACAGAAAGCCCUACAGAAGAUGGUUGAGGCUAAAUUAGAUAAGGAUGACGAACUCGGCAUAAAACUUCUGACUGCUGCGUACCAUAUUGGGAAACGAGAAUUGCCAAAAGAGGAGUUUAGGCACCAUUUAGAAUUUGCGAGCGCUGUUGGAGCUGACUAUGGUACACUUCUGACCGAGAAGACUAAACUGACUUACUGCAGCAACAAAAGUGUUACUGAACUACAAGCUGCUAUCAGCUCCGUUAUCUUAGAAGACAAGAUUAGUGGUAUCCAUAAGUCUGGAAUAUUUUCUCUUGUGUUAGAUGAAAGCAUAGACAAUGCAAACAAAAAAAGACUGAUAAUGUACGCCCAGUAUAUAGCUGAAGAAGGACUAGAAUAUGCCUUACUGUCAAAUCAGCAAAUCAAAACAGGGUCAGCCAGUGCUGUGAAUAUUGUGAAAAUGGUUGUGGAUGAACUGAAACAUAAAAACAUUGACAUUACUAAGAUGGCCGGAAUCAGUACAGAUGGAGCUAGUGUGAUGACAGGCAGGACUGGGGGUGUGGUAACUCUCCUACGUAAGCACACACCAAGCCUAGUUGGAGUCCACUGUGCAGCUCACCGGACAGCUCUAGCCACCUCACAGGCAGCAAAAGAUAUCCCAGAGAUUAACAACUAUGCAAGAACUGUGUCAAACGUGUUUAGAUACUUUAGCAAUUCAGCAUUAAGAUCAAAUAGGCUAAGAGACAUUCAAUCUGUUUUAAAUCUGCCAGAACUGAAAUUUUCUGAAGUUCAUUCUGUGAGAUGGCUUAGUCUUGAGUAUGCUGUAAAAGCAAUAUACAGAUCCUACCCAGCUCUUGUUAUGUGCCUAGAACGAGACGCAACACUUGAUUCUACAGCUAAAGGCCUGUUCCUUGAGGUCAGCCAGUAUCGGUUCAUUGCCUUCACUCACCUCAUGAUGGAUGUACUCCCAUAUAUAACCAGGCUAUCUAAACACUUUCAAAGUGACUCCUUGGACUUUAGUGGUGUUCAGUCUCGUGUAACUAGUACUUGUGACAGUUUACGUGAUUUAUUGGAGGUCAGUGGUGUCUUUGUGAGUAAACUUGAUGAAUUUAUUAUAGAGAAGGAUGGUGCUUUCACAUACUCAAGACCAAUAAAGGAGUCUGACAGUACUACAGUAAAAUUGGGUAUAGAAGAGAAUAGGGAGUUUGUAGGCUUUGAAAGCGACUCGGAAGAUGACAAUGAAGAGAAUACUGGAUUUGCUCCUAAUGUUAAGUUCUAUGCCCAACAAAAAAACAUUCUUGAUAGAGUAGCCCCUUCCUAUGUUAACAAAGUUGUUGAGAAUUUGGAGGCCAGAUUUACAGAUUCAGAAAUUAUAGACUCUAUGAAAGUCCUUGUCCCCCAAAACAUUGCCAAGUCUGACACUGUGGCCAAAUAUGGUAAUGAUGAAUUUCUAAUCCUUGUUAAACAGUACCAACCCCAUUUAAGCAGUGAACAUGAAUGCCUAUCAGAGUACCGUCAGUACAAGAAUCUUGUGAAAUGUUCCUAUAGAGAUGAAACCUUAGUGGAACUUUGUAAGAUAUUCAUCAGUAAGUACAGUGAGGAAUACCCAAACAUGGUAAACAUUCUGAAAUGUGUUACAGUGCUACCAAUGAACAGUGUUAAGUGUGAAAGAGGCUUUUCCACUCAGAACAGGAUUAUGGGUAGGCUAAGGACCUCUAUGAACAAUCAAACAAUGGAUGACCUUAUGAGAAUAUCAGAAGAUGGACCAUGUAUGAAAUCAUUUGAUUUCAAGCGAGCUCUUAAGAAAUGGAAGACAGCCAAAAAGAGAUUAUUGUACUCUAAGUAGUAGUGACCAAAUUCUAAAGAUGCAUCAAUAAUGUAUCUUUGUUGUGACUUACUCAGAAAUAGUUUGUUUCACUGAUAAAGAAUGAAUAAAACAAGUUUGAAUUGAUGAUUUCAUGUUCAUGUACUUCAUUACACUGAGCUAUAGUUUCAGUUUGAAUUUUAAUGAAUUCAUACUGAAUGAAAUUGAAUGAUUGACACUUAGGAUUUUGUUCUCAAGUGAAUUGUUUCUCCCAGUGAUAACUGAUUGUUGUAUUCAAUAAAUUG